CCCACCAGGGUGCCAUCAUUUGUUGCAAAACUAUAACUCCCAGCAUGCCCGGCUGUUUCCUGGCACCAGAGACCUUAGUCACCUUCAGAGCGGCAGCCAUAGUUUCCUGGGAUCACAUAACUGAUUUGACAUGUUCUAGAGGAAAGAUAAUAAGCAGAAUUGUGAUCACAGCUCUGGAUGUGACCUGUGUAUACAGUUUAACUCACACUAUAUAUAACACAUCUCUUAUCCUUUCUGGUGAAGGUGAAACAAAAUGCUACGAGAAUUUAGGCUGCUUCACCAACGAUUACCCGUAUUGGUCAGUGACUCGGCCGGUCUCCAUCUUUCCACAAUCUCCGGAGUCAAUAAACACCCAGUUCUUUCUGUUCACACAACAAAACACCGACCAAUAUCAGGUCAUCAAACCCCGAGAUCUCUCCUCCCUUCAGCAAUCAUAUUUUAGUAGCAGCAGAAAUUCUGUGUUUAUUAUCCACGGAUACAUGGACCUUGGAGAUGCCCCCUGGGUGGUGGAAAUAUGCCAGGCAAUUUUAGAAAGGGAGGAUGUCAACUGCUUGUGUGUGGACUGGAGCGGAGGAUCUGGUGGCGACUAUUUAAGGACAAUGAACAACGUCCAGGUUGUCGGAGCAGAAAUCGCCUAUCUUAUCAACAGCAUUGUGGAGAAUUAUGGCUGUUCCCUGUCUGCAAUACACAUGAUCGGUCACAGUCUCGGUUGCCAAAUAUGUGGAGAAGCUGGAAAAAGGCAACAGGGGAUUGGAAGAAUAACUUGUCUGGAUGGAGCUCGCCAAGGUUUCGAAGGAGAAUCUACUGAAAUCACUAUUGAUCCUACCGAUGCCGAUUUUGUUGUUUCCCUUCACACAGAUGCAGGUCUGAUUGGGUUUGGGAUGACGACAAAAACUGGUCACAAGGAUUUCUUCCCAAACGGAGGAAAGACAAUGACUGGAUGUGAGAAGAGUCAGCUCCUUAAUGUGAAUGGACUUUCAAACCUUUCCGGCGAGGCUUACAACAACCUCAUCUGUAAUCACCUCUCCGCAUACAACAUGUUCACAUCAUCCAUCCGCAAUCCUGAGGGCUUUAUGGGUUACUGCGCCCCCGACUACAGCUCAUUCCAGAAGGGCGCUGGAUUCCCCUGCUCCGGUGACAGCUGCUCCUUAAUGGGCUACUACACCGAACCCGGAGAAACGUCAUCGUGCCGGACGUACUACCUGAACACCGGACCACUAUCCAAUUAUGAGCGCUGGAGAUACAGAGUGACUGUGCAGACCGGAGGAGACACAAUCAUCUUAGGAUCUAUCAGCGUCACUAUGUAUAACUCUUCUGAAUCCUCCGAUGAACACAAAAUAUACAGUGGACCUGAAGUUGGCGCUGAAUCGUACUCUGCACUCGUUGACGGUCUCUUUCCUCCUCCUAUUGUCCGUGUCACGUUUUCUUGGCACAAUUCCAUUCCACUAUUAAAUCCAACCCUGUGGGCGGAGUCUGUGACCCUGACAUACGGGAAUGAUGGAGCUGAGUACGCGUUCUGUAGUGAUGAGACCACAAGAGGCAACAACCCCCAGACUCUGACCCCGUGCCUAUAACCCACCCACAUGUCAGAGAGGUUGGCACCACAGGAUAAGAAUUCACCUGUCUCAUGUCAAGUUUUUGAUAUCUGAUAUCAACAAAAUAAACUUGAUCUUUAGCUCUUGGAAACAUCACUGACAUAGAGGUCAAUUUACUUUUCCUCCCUGCACUGUGGAUGUUUACUCAAUGUGCUCAAUAAAAGACA